CUUGUUACAUCAGACACCAUGAGACCUACUCAGGCGCUUCAGGGCGGCGGUGCCCCCAACCCCAAGAUCGGCCAGUGGCUCGGUGACUGGGGCCAUUUCGGUGGUGCCAAGCAGAAGGGCGUCGUCACCUUCGGACUCUCCGCCAACCGACAGAACCCCUUUGCCGGUGCCGCUCACGAUGCCAUCUUCAACACCUUCCGCCGCACCAAGUCUCAGAUCUUCUACUGGCUGCCCCCUAUGCUGGCCGGUUACUACCUGCUGAGCUGGGCCACCGAGAGGAACCACUACCUCAACUCCAAGGCUGGCCGUGCUGAGUUUGCCGACGAGGAGGAGUAAAAUGGUGCUUGGCUUUGUUGGAAAAUGAAUGUCCGGGGGACAGUGUAUAUCAGCGUCUAGACUGGAGAAGCAGAACGGUUGACUCCAUGAUCUGGCUUCUCUCAUUGCUCCAGACUCGAUUGAGUAGUCGAUGAAUGACCAUGGUUGACCGAGCGUUUACAAGACAUCACUUGAGAAGAAAUACAUACUCUCUAUCUGCCC